AUGGCUCCUUUCACUCCUCGAGGAGGCGGCCGUGGUGGUCGUGGCGGCGCUCGUGGAGGCCGCGGUGGUUUCGGUGGUGAUCGCGGCGGCUUCGGCGGCCGUGGUGGUGCGCGCGGUGGACGAGGUGGUGGCCGUGGUGCUCCCCGUGGCGGUCCUCGCGGUGGUGGCCGAGGUGGUCGCGGCGGUCGCGGCGGUGCUGGUGCUGGCCAGCGAGGCGGUGCCAAGGUCAUUGUUGAGCCUCACCGUCACCCCGGCGUCUUCGUCGUCCGUGGUGGUAAGGAAGAUGGUCUUGCUACCCGCAACACAACACCUGGCGAGUCUGUCUACGGCGAGAAGCGCAUCUCUGUCGACGAGUCUGUCCAGAACGACGAUGGCACCACUACCACCACCAAGAUCGAGUACCGCAUGUGGAACCCUUUCCGAAGCAAGCUUUGCGCUGCCAUCGCCGGUGGUGCUGAUGAGAUCUACAUCAAGCCCGGCUCUCGUGUUCUCUACCUUGGUGGUGCCUCCGGUACCUCCGUCUCUCACGUCGCUGACAUUGUCGGUCCUACUGGCUACGUCUACGCCGUCGAGUUCUCUUCCCGAUCCGGCCGUGAUCUCAUCACCAUGGCCUCUAAGCGACCCAAUGUUGUUCCCAUUGUUGAGGACGCCCGUCAGCCUGCCCGCUACCGCAUGAUCGUCCCCAUGGUCGAUGUCAUCUUUGCCGAUGUUGCCCAGCCCGAUCAGGCCCGUAUUGUUGCCAUGAACGCCAACUGGUUCCUCAAGGUUGGCGGCGGUGUUCUCAUCUCCAUCAAGGCCAACUGUAUCGACAGCACUGCUCCCGCUGCUGAGGUUUUCGCCAACGAGGUCCAGAAGAUGCGAGCUGAGUCCAUCAAGCCCAAGUUCCAGCUUACUCUGGAACCCUUCGAGCGUGACCAUUGUUUGGUUGCCGGUGAGUACCAGCGCUACAAGUCCUAG